AAAAAGGAAAAAAAAUAUUAAUGAAAAUUAUUUAAAAAUAUAUUGUAGUUGAUAUAGAAAAGCAAUUGAAAUAGAAAAGCAAAAGUCAGUUACCAAAAGUUGUUAUUGAUUGCAAGCAAAGAAUCACUACUUCAUCAUUACGUUGCAACAAUUGUUGUGUGGAUCAUCACCUAUAAAAAGCUAAACAACAUAAGCUUCUAUAAAUAAUUCCAAAGGCCGAUCCAAAUUCGAAAUCAAAUUGCGAAAAAAAUGAAGUCGUCGACAAUCUUUGUUUGCACAAUGGUUCUCGUUCUACUUGCCACGACAGCAAUGGCGGAAAAUGAUGGCUCGGAUUUUUGCGACACGAGAUGUGAGGUCCGUUGCUCCAAGGCCGGGAGGCGGGACCGGUGCCUCGAGUAUUGCGGAAUAUGUUGUGACAAGUGUCAUUGUGUGCCUUCGGGCACUUAUGGGAACAAAGACGAGUGCCCUUGUUAUAGGGAUAUGAAAAACUCGAAGGGACAACCUAAGUGCCCUUAAUAUAUCAAAUAAUUUAUAAUUUGUGGUUGUUAUGUCAAAAUAUGGUGCAUAAAAGAAAAUUAAUUUGUGCGCAAUAAACAUUAGUACAACCUAAGAAACCAUGUAGUGAUAUUUUUAAAAUUAUAUUUUUACUUCGUGUUAUCUACUUAUUUUGA